AUUUUUCUUUAUGAGAAGACCCUUUUCACUGAAUCUCUCCCAUCUUCAUCAUAAGGUGCAUGUGCCUCACAAUAAUAGAGAGAGAGAGAGAUCAUGGAAGGAUCAAUUAGUACUCAUGUCUCCAACAAAAGUUCUAAAGGAAAGAAAGAUGACCUUUAUCAUGUUAUUCAUAAGGUUCCUUAUGGUGAUAGUCCUUAUGUCAAAGCCAAACAUGCUCAGUUGGUGGAUAAAGAUCCAGAAACAGCUAUAGUGUUCUUUUGGAAGGCAAUUAAUGCUGGAGACAAAGUAGAUAGUGCUCUGAAGGACAUGGCUGUUGUGAUGAAGCAAUUGGAUAGAACUGAAGAAGCUAUUGAAGCCAUUAGAUCUUUUAGAGGUCGUUGCUCCAAACAUUCUCAAGAGUCACUUGAUAAUGUACUUCUUGAUCUUUACAAGAAAUGUGGAAGAAUAGAGGAGCAAAUUGAAUUAUUGAAAAGAAAGCUAAGACUAAUCUAUCAAGGUGAGGCCUUCAAUGGAAGGACAACAAAGACUGCUCGUUCUCAUGGCAAGAAGUUCCAAGUUUCUAUCAAGCAAGAAACUGCAAGAUUAUUGGGAAACUUGGGCUGGGCCUACAUGCAAAAGACAAACUACAUGAUGGCUGAGGUGGUUUUCAAGAAAGCACAAAUGAUAGAUGCCGAUGCCAAUAAGGCUCUCAACUUGGGCCUAUGCCUUAUGAAACAAUCUCGUUAUGAAGAAGCCUAUUUAAUUCUUGAACAAGUUUUGCAAGGACAUCUUCAAGGUUCUGAUGAAAUCAAAUCCAUAAAUAGAGCUGAAGAAUUGCUUGGAGAAUUGAAUGCCAGCUUGCCUCAACCUAAGUUUUGGGAUGAUUUAGGCCUUGAUGAUGACCUUGUCAAAGGGAUAGAUGGGUUGCUUAAUGUAUGGAGCCCAACUAGAUCAAGAAGACUUCCUAUCUUUGAGGAAAUAUCUUCUUUUAGAGAUCAAUUAGCAUGUUAAUAACUUAUUAUUUUCUUAUGUUUGUAUAUUGUCUUAGGUCUAGGCUUUUGGGCAAAUAGUCCCUUCUAUUCUCUAGUUGUCCUAUUCUUCCUUUGCCCUUUUUCUCCUUAAAAUGGUAAGGAUAAAUAUAAAAUAAGGUUUGCUUGUAUUUGGUAAUUCAAUGAUAAAAAAAAAAAAGAAACACAAAUAAUGAGUUCAUGUAAUUUCUCUAGUUAGAUUUGAAUGAUGGACUUAUGGUGCACAUUCUAAUAAUAUGUUGGAAGAUGUUUUACCA